CUUUUGGAGAAAAAAAUGGCUUCUUCUUCUUCUGCAGCAGCUGCUAAAAGACUAUCGAAUAUCAGCAAUCAUAUUUGUCCCACAGACUCAAACCCUUUAGUCAAAGUAUCUGCAGAAGUGUUCCAGGCUUUGUCGAGUGGUCUCCCUGUCGUUGCUCUUGAGUCCACCAUCAUUUCUCAUGGAAUGCCGUAUCCUCAGAAUUUGGAAACAGCGAAGGAGGUGGAGGCGAUUGUGAGGGAGAGUGGAGCUGUUCCUGCUACCAUCGCCAUUCUGGACGGCAUACCUUGCAUAGGUUUGAAUUCGGAACAACUGGAAAGGCUUGCCAGAUUGGGAAAAAGUGCUCAAAAGACAGCUCGAAGAGACAUUGCAUAUGUUGUGGCCACCAAGAGGAAUGGUGCAACAACUGUUUCUGCAACUAUGUUUUUUGCUGCAAUGGUUGGUAUACCUGUUUUUGUUACCGGGGGAACCGGGGGAGUGCAUAGGCAUGGCGAGCAUACAAUGGAUAUAUCCUCUGAUCUCACAGAGCUUGGAAGGACACCAGUGGCGGUCGUCUCUGCUGGUGUAAAAUCUAUAUUAGAUAUUCCAAGGACACUGGAAUAUUUGGAAACUCAGGGUGUUUGUGUUGCUGCUUACAAGACCAACGAGUUUCCUUCUUUUUUUACUCAAACAAGUGGCUGCAAGGUGCCUUGUCAGGUCGAUAGCCCUGAAGAAUGUGCACGGUUAAUUGAUGCAAACAGGAAACUCAAUCUCGGAAAUGGAGUAUUGAUUGCAGUUCCCAUCCCAAAAGAACACUCAGCUUCGGGAAGCUUGAUGGAGUCUGCAAUUCAACAAGCCCUUACAGAAGCCAGGGAAAAGAACAUAACAGGGAAUGCCGAGACUCCGUUCUUGCUUGCUCGGGUUAAUGAAAUAACUGGAGGAGCAUCACUCGCUUCUAACAUUGCGCUUGUGAAAAACAAUGCAGCUAUUGGAGCCAAGAUAUCUGUAGCCCUGGCCAACCUCACCCCAAAUAACAUUGUGUAAAGGUACACUCUAGGGAGUUGCUGAAAACAAU